UAUUAUUUAUGUUUUAGUACUUUGAUUUUAUCUGCUUUCUCCCUCCAUUUUUUUCUGUUUACUUUUUCCUCUUCUUAUAAUUUUCGCAUUCCUUCGUUUCACAAUGUAGCAAACCAGCACUAGGAGCUGGUUGACAUCAUCGUUUUAAUAAACGCCUACCUCGCAUAUAACAUUUUGGCGCAAGAUGUGGCAGACUUUUGUUCACGGCGUAGUUUGGCGCAGCGAUUGCGAGCUUAGCCCGCACUGCAAGCACACGUUCAUCCGAACAAUUGCUCCCAGUGAGCAGAGACGAGGGAAUCCCGAAGCUCGGUCUCGUAGCCUCGCUCGCACUCAAACGGAACGUGCUCUUCCCAAACUGUCGACUCCCACGAUCGGCCCAGCCAGCCGGAGAGGUACGCGGGGCGGAGCGCGUGAAGCCUUCCGGACCGGAGGCCAACUCCCCUCAAGAACGGCGCAGCGCGUAUUAUGGUCGCUCAUUUGAGGCCUGCGGUGACCGAACCGAGAGCUGCUCGCGGAGGAACGCGAGGAGACGCCCCGAAUCUCCUAAUGCUCCCGGCGGAGAAUCAAUACUGGGCGACAUUCAGCCUGACCGGGGAACUGCUCGCACCGUUACCUCGUCCGAUGGCCCCGCCCUCGAGCCCGACCAACGCAAAAUGCACGAGCGCUGGCGGACCAGACUGCGCCGAAAGUCCAACUCGGCCCACUGGGCGCUCGCUUGACUCGAGCUCGGCGCAGGACUACCGGCGUCCACGAGGCAGUCGGCGUCGGCAGGUUCAAGGGCGCCCGAAAAAGGGAACGCCGAGAGAGAACACUUCAGUUCCCGACGCGAACCCCCGACGCGCAACUGCGACGCACCGACGAUAGGCAGCGAAGGACGAGAUGCCCGACACGCAAAAGACAAUGCGACAUCUGGUACGGAGGAGAGGACAAACCUCUCUCUCCGUCUUCACCAACCUUCACUCGGCGAUUGGUGGAGAAGGGAAACACAACAAAACAGACGCCGAUAGUUUAUUCUGGUUUCGGAGAAAAAUAGACGCUCUCCCGAGCCGUUUGUUUUUUGUUUCAUUGUUCGUUUAUUAGCGGGUUCGCUUCCAGGUCGCCGAGGACGACGGCGGCUCCACGCAUGGCUUCCUGAUACGCAGCGCAUGCUGGUGAAAAUGAGAUGAAACACCAUUUCACGCUUCCCUCCUUUACCCUUCGCAACAACAACGACUAAACAAACCCAAAUAAAAGAUGGCUGGGCACUUUGAGCGUGACCAGAAAAACAGAUGACGUGAAAACGACCUUCCCCUCUCCACAUCGAGGGAGAACCACUAACACCCGAUGACCCGGUCGAGGACCGUUACGACACCCAGAACAUCUUCACACAGCACACUCCAGACCUCACACUGGACCACACUCAACCCCGACAAACACUAGCUUAGUUGAAACUAGCUAUCGUCUACGUUAGGUACUGCACAAGUGGCGUAAUUGUUCUCCCUCCCUCCUUCCCCCUUUACCUUCCCCCUCCGCCACUGCCGCCCAACAACAGCGUCCGGGCCUAACGACGCAGCCCCAGAAACCGCAGUGCAGCACUAUCUCCGAGGUUCGAAAGCAAGGUUAGCACCCCGAGUCUGACUGCGAAACGACAAACGCGGCACUUGUAAAGACGGAAGAGCUUAUCUGAUCGAAAAUUCGACCGUCGCCAUCGAAGCCUCCGUCUCCGCAAAAAUGUCGGCCAUGUUGGCGUCGUCCGCCUCGGGAGGGGGUCGUGCGGAUGGGCGAACCCGGCGCACCCAGGCGUUCGUAUCCAGAGCCGCACCACCGUCCCGAACAACUCGCGGGCGCCGUCCCAUUGUCAGAGAAACGGUCCAGACACUUCUUACCGCUCGCUGACUGCGAUGGACGACGCAAACGUCGCGAAAAUACAACGCAAAACUCGGAUCGCGGCCGGCCACCAUCGAAGCACUCCGAACGUCCCCGGCGCGCUGCACGACGCUCGGGCACUUUGUGUUCUUGCGCCAUUAAAAUUUAAGUUAAUCGCCUCCUCGCUUCUCGUAAAACCGAUAAAAGGGUGUACGUGCGACAGAGAUCAUAGAGGUAAUUCGAAUAUACGCGAACAAAGACCGAAAAAGAGUCGAAACGGUAGCUUCUCGUAUCGGGACUACUUUCUGGAGCGCGCGCAGCGGCGGUGACAAAACCCACCAAACUGGCCGACGAACGGGGAGCGAGCGUAUUUCUGCGUUGCAUGCCCGUGUGUGCGCAUGGUGACGUGAUCGUUGUUCGGGCGUCUCUAUUUGCUCCAUUUUGUCCGCAUUUAUUUCACAUGUCCGCUCGUGUCCGACGACCUCGCCGCUGGACUGGGACACAUUCACCGUGAGUUGGGAUCGUGUCAUGGGCGAAGUGGAAGUGUUGAACCCGAGCCUCGCCGUUGUUGGGGGCGCUCCGUCGACGGGCGAGGAGCAGACAACCGGAAGUGCGCCGGCCGCCGGAAGUGCCCCGAGGAGCGUCGCAGCGCCGCCCAGCGAGGGAUCGGGUAACUGCGUUGGCGACCGGGACCAGCUGAUCGCCGAGAACCCCGAUGAAACCCGGGCCCGUUCGGGCUCGACGGGCAAGAAGAAGAAGAACCGCCGCGGCAAGAGCAAGAAGCGCAAGUGGAAGCCGUACUACAAGCUGUCCUGGGAAGAGCGGCGUGAGCUGGAGGAGCGCGAGUCCCGACGGGCGAACCGGCUGCGCCAGCAGAUGUUCGCGCACGGGCAGCCCGUGGCGCCGUACAACACCACGCAGUUCCUGAUGGAGGACCACUGCGUGCAGGAGCCUGACUUCGAGAGCCGCAACGGGCACCACCGGCACCGCGAGGACAGCGUGAACAGCGUCGACUCCUCGGACGAGUUCUACAGCUCGCCCGAGGACGAGGACGACUUCCUGCAGAAGCAGUUCUCCGAGGCGUACGACGACGUGCACGCGGAGCGGCUCAGCUCCAUGAGCAAGGCGGAGCUGGUGCAGGAGUACCUGCUGCUCGAAGACCGCGUCGAGGACCUGGAGCAGAAGCUGCGUGCGGCCAGGGCGGCCCGCGUCGACGCGCACACGCAGACGGCGCCGGACCCCGAACAGGCCCAGAAGCUGGCCGUCUUCCGCGACGAGAUACGCAAGUUGGCCGACGAGAACGCCCUGGUGCGCGCCCAAAACCGGGCGCUGCGCGAGGCCCUCGACCCGGGCCCGUCGUGAGCGCCGCCCCCGUUCCAUUGUACAUAGGUCCAUCGCGAACCCCAUCAUCAUCUCCGCCGCAUGAAGUGGGUCAGUCGCAUCCUCCCUCGUCGGACUAGUGGUCGGGCUCUCCCCGCCGCCGUGUAUUUCGGGGGAAUGAUGUCAUGCGCUUUUAUUUCUGCCUCUUGGAAACAACCCCUCUGUUUUUCUUUUUUGUGCGCGCACGAGCAGUUUGCGCCUGGGGAGAAAAUAAAAGAAGACAAAUGGGCGUCUAUUUAUAAAGCUGGGACGCGGAGAAGAGCGAUAUUCUAUUACCAAUAUUAAAGGUUGUAUUGUUUUUCCCGA